CGGGAGAGGAGUGCGGAUCGAAAGUUUGAUGUAUGUAUGUAUGUAUGGUGUUCAAAGUUAGGGUUUGUUCUCUGGAAAUCGAAAACCUAAUUUCUACAUAGAUUUGAAUUUUCCGACCAUCGAUUGUUGUUCGGUAAUCUCUAUCUCCCAUGAUCCUUCGUCUCUAUUGGAUAUUAAGAAUCUCGUUCGUAGUUCGUUUUUUGGUUUCUCGGUCCCUAGAGACUGGGAAAUGACUUGGCAGACUCUCAUCGGACGAAUUUACUGAUGUUUUAUUCGGAUGAACUGUGAAUUCUAUAGGAUUUGUAUUAUCUGUCCGAGCUAAUUUGCAUUUCAGUUUGAUCUUCGGGUUAGGGUUUUCUUUUUUUUAUUUGGGAGCGUCUUUUCAUAUAUGGCUUCUAGGGCAUUAUUAGGUGCCGAUGAGUUGAGAGAGAAGCAUAGAUGGGGGGGCGCUACCAAGGUUUAUACUAGAAGACAUCUCAGAGGAGGUGGAGGUGGAGGGCUUAAGAAUAUCCUCACCACCGUCCCUAAUGAAAAACUGGCCUUUCCUGCAGUGGACAUCACUACUGACAGCACUGCAGCCAUCACUGCUGUUGAAACUGUGAAUGACACCAUGAUUCCAGAUGCCAUUAGCUGUGGCGAUACGAAUGUAUCUUCCACCGUCACUGUUCUUAUUACUUCGCCCCAUAUGAACAACCAGAAAGAUGGUAAUAAGGACAACAACUUUGAUGAUCAUUUUUCGCAUGAGCUCCUGGAGACUGUUGCUACAGAGGAAGCCAACUCAUCCCAGCAGCAGCAGAGAAGUCUUUCACCACUGCAUGUUGUGUCUGAUGAUUCCUCUAGCCAUAAUCAAUCAGCACAAGUUCAUGUUCCCAAUGGAAGCUGCGAACGACUUACCGAAAGAAAUGGCUGUAAUAGACCUAUUGUUUCAAGAGUUGAGAACUUAGUGAGAAUUAAUUUGGGAGCAAACGUACCAAAGUGUCACAUUCAGGAGCUGAGGAGGAAACUGUUAAGAGAACUUGAUCAGGUGAGGAAUAUAGUCAAGCGGCUUGAUGAGAAAGAGAUUCAGGUAAGUGGUUCUUCUACUGAUGAUGCUACUAUAGAUUAUUAUCGCCCUCCUCCUCAGAGGAGUUUAGUUAGGGUCCAUUCGGAGGUGGGAUCAGUGCAUCAUCAUGAUUCUGAUUCUAGACCAUUUAGGCAGUUAAGUAUUUCUGUGAUGGAAAAUAGUCAUAUCACUAGUGAAUUUGUUGAAAAAGAGAAGAGAACUCCAAAGGUUAAUCAAUAUUACCUUAACUCAGAGUUCCUUCUUGCUAAGGAUAGAUUACCGUCUGAAAGUAACAAGAAGUCAAAGUCUAGCAGAGGGAAGAAACAUAAUAGGCAAAAGGGAUUUGGUGUGGACAAAAAUACCAAUCAAGCACUAAAGAGUUGCAGUCACUUGGUGGCUAGGUUACUGAAGCACAAGUACGGUUGGGUGUUUGAGAAGCCUGUUGAUGCAGAAUCACUUGGGCUACAUGACUAUCACGAUAUCAUUACGAACCCAAUGGAUUUGGGUACAGUCAAGAAUCAGCUAGCCAGUAACUUGUACAAAACUCCUAGAGAAUUUGCCGAAGAUGUAAGACUCACCUUCAGCAAUGCCAUGACGUAUAAUCCAAAGGGACAAGAUGUCCAUCUCAUGACAGAGGAAUUGUUGAAGAUCUUUGAAGAGAAAUACUCAGAUAUAGAGGCUGAAUAUAACUUUUCUUGGAGGUAUCAACUUGUCCAGGAAAUGGAAAUCCUAACCCCUACAUCAAAAAAGGUGCAGCCCCCUCCGCCACCAUUCGAUGGUAUAGAACCCAUAGCUUUCCUAAAACACAGCAAUUCAAUGGGCAAGUCUCCUGCUCCGAAAAAACCCAAAGCGAAGGACCCUAAUAAGAGAGAUAUGACAUAUGACGAAAAGCAGAAGUUAAGUACAAAGCUUCAGAGUUUACCUAUUGAUAAAUUGGACAGCAUAGUGCAGAUUAUCAAGAAAAGAAAUUCGAACUUGAGCCAACAUGACGAUGAGAUUGAGGUUGACAUCGAUUGUGUUGAUGCGGAGACAUUGUGGGAACUUGAUAGGUUUGUGACUAAUUACAAGAAAACUUUGAGCAAGCACAAAAGAAAGGCUGAACUAGCUCUUCUAGCUAAGGCUACUACUGUAUCUGGUGUUUCUGGAAGGGUUUCUCCACGAGCUGUUUUGGAGACAGAAAAAGAAGCAAAUAUUGCAGAAACUGGUGCUCCUCACUUGCAAAGUGAUGCACAAGGAGAUUUAAGUAGUGGGUCAAGUAGUUCAACCAGUGACUCCAGUUCUUCUUCAAGUGACUCGGACACUGCUAGUUCUUCUGCCAAUGGUUCAUAUGAUAGGAAGGCGCCUAGAAAUUGAGAAUGGUAGACUAAGAAUGCAGCUUGAGACAUGUGGUUCUUCUUGCUGAUGAGAAAGGGUGAAGGUGUGUCAAGACUAGAAAAUCGAAAAUCCUCUUGAUAUUUAUGCACUGGUUCUCUAUUAGGUAAUGAAUGAGGAUGCCCAUAUUUCAGAACUGUAUUUUAUAGAAAAACUCAGUCAUUUUUGCCUAAUGUUUCUUUUUGUUCUUCUGUGUUGAAGAGAAAAGGGUGGGUAGGUAAUGAUAGGGCAGCUGUAGAACCACCCUUUAAGAUAUAAAUCUUGUAUAUAUUCUCACAUCUGGAAUCUUGUUUAAAAAAUCUUUGUUUAGUUUGAUU